AUGGCUUUGACUGACCACGUGUUGUUGCCUUUUACAAAUGCCGUCCUUGGAAACAAACUUUAUAUGCGAUUGGUGUUUGAAUGUCGAAAUCUAACCCCUGGCUUAACAAUUAGUGUAGUCAAAGAUGGAAAAGUCCUUAUGGCAAAGGGUUAUGGAGUGGCAGACAUCACAACUAAAAGACCAGUGACCAAUCAAACUCUGUUUGAAAUAGCCUCGAUGUCAAAAGCAUUUGGUGCAACACUUCUAAUGAAGCAGAUUGGAAGAAGUGGAAACUUGAGCGCUCAGUCCAAAAUCAAAGAACUUUUAGGUCCAACAUUCACCUUUGCCGACGCUGAGAGGAACAGACUAGCAGACGUCAAUGACAUAUUGUCGCAACAACUUGGAAUCCCUGGUCAUUACCUGAUGAAGCUGGAUCUCAAUCUCACGAGAACUAAUUUACUGACGCGAUUUAAGUACUUGAAUGGGACCAAACCUUUACGACAGGGUUUCCUUUACAGCGGAAUGAAUUAUGCCCUCGCUAUGAUCAUAUCCGAACAUUUGGGCGGGAAGACAUGGGAAGAGUUGAUAAAAAAGGAGAUUUUUGAUCCAUUAGGAAUGUCUUCAUCGACGGUAAUGUCUAUUAUACCAGACUUAAGUAAUGCAGCGAGGGGAUAUGUUUACACGGAAAACUUCACUCUUGUUCCCGUCGAGUUUGCUUUGUCUCGGUAA